CUGCUCUGCAGCUCGUGAUCAACAGGAUUGUGUAUCUCGCCAGCUCUUUCCAUGGCUCUCCUGCACUGUGCCGUCAUGGUGCUGCUGUGUGUCUUUCACUCUGCCUCAGCCACUGUUGUAGCGGCUAUGGACUACGGGGGUGUUCCCCUGUGGAUUAACCGCCUGCUGGGAGAACCCAGUGUUCUGAGCCUGCAGGGGCGGAUGGACCCAGCCUGGUUCAGAGCUAACAACCCACAGGCAUGUCCUCAACAAUGUGACUGCCCCAUCCAGUGGACCACAGCGCUUUACUGUGACCACAGAGGCUUGGCCGACAUCCCUGACAACCUGCCGGACAGAACCCAAUACCUGUUUCUACAGGACAACAACAUCUCGUCCCUGUCCUCCUCUAUGCUAGCCAACAUUACUGGGCUGCGUUGGCUCAUCCUGGACCACAACCAACUGCAGAGCGACAAGCUGGACCAGGCCGUCUUGCAGAACCAAACCCAGCUGUGCUACUUAUUUGCCAACCACAACCACCUGAGUUCAGUGCCCAGUGAGCUACCAGCAGGACUCAAGCAGCUGCGACUGGCCUACAACCAAAUCAGCAGCAUCAGCCCUGGAGCUUUCCAGAAUCUGCACAACUUGACGGUGCUGCUGCUGCAGGGAAACAGACUGCAAACCAUCACAAAGGGAGACCUCAAAGGUGUGGUCAGUCUGAAUCUGUUGGACCUGCGUGAGAAUUUGUUCUCAUCUGUCCCCAGGCAUUUACCUCCUUCUGUCCAGCAGCUCUAUCUGUCCAAUAACUCCCUCUCUGGCCUGGAUAAUGACAGCUUUGUGGGGUUCUUCAACCUUAAGUACCUCCGUUUACGUCGCUGUGGUUUGCAGAGCAGCGGCAUCCAACCACAGGUCUUCAACUUGUCCAGCUUGGUGGAACUGGACCUUUCUUACAACAAACUUACUACCAUUCCCACAGUCCCCACCACCCUGCAGUACCUCUAUUUGGAGGCCAAUGAAAUACAAGAGUUCAACGUGACCAGUUUUUGCAGAGAAGUGGGACCUCUGUCCUACUCCAGGAUGAAGAUCCUACGAUUGGACGGAAACAAGAUGUCCUACGAGCAGCUGCCAUCCGACUGGGUCUUCUGCCUUCGAGUGAUUGAACACAUUUAUGUCUCCACCCAAAAUUAGGAUUACUGUAUGUGACUGGCCAAAAACAAAAAGAUGACUCAAGAUUUGUGAACUCAAACAAGUCGGCUUUAAAACUAGAAACCAAAGAAGACUCUAAUUCGUUAUGUCUUCAAUGUGUAGAUACACAGCCAGGGGCUGAAGGGAAAACUGACCCUCAAAAGAUGCCAAGGCUUGAACCCAUUAACUAAACCAGUGUUAAUUUAUCGUAAUGCCAAAAGUUCCGAUCAAAACAUUUCUCAUACCACCAAUGCAUUCCCAUGGGUUCCUCUCUCUCAUUCCAACUUUUCCAAGUUCAGCCUCAGCAGGGUUGUACAUCUGUGUGUUAUUACUGAAUAGGAACAGUGACAAACCCUCUCAUUUCUGACUGUACAGACUAAUCUGCUCUGGUUAAAGUGAGCUGUUUUAGGGGAAGGGGAAAUAUGUAUGAAUGGCAAAAUUCAGUAGCUUUUCCUUGCGAGAAUCUGACUCAGUUAGCUGGACAAUGUUAAACAGCCAUUAGUCCUCUAAUGUUAAUAUUAAAAUGUUUUGAUGCAGUUUUGGGAAAUCUUCAAAUCUCUCCUUGUCCAUGUUUUUUAAUUGUGAUAUUUUAUACUGUAUAAUAAAGCAAGAUAAUUGAUACAGUAUGCAAAAUAUGCAUAGUGAAUGCCACACAGUGUAGCAGUGAUGUGAUUAUGAUGUCUGCUUUGGAAGAUUUAA